GAGACCCCACUCUUCUCUCUCUCUUUUGUAGCACUGGGACAGCGAGGCUCCCAUGCACAAGCCGAGGACCGCCUCUUCAAACACCUCUUCAAGGGCUAUAACCGCUGGGCACGGCCAGUGCCCAACACCUCAGAUGUUGUGAUCGUGCGUUUCGGUCUGUCCAUUGCCCAGCUCAUCGAUGUGGAUGAGAAGAACCAAAUGAUGACCACCAACGUCUGGCUGAAGCAGGAGUGGAGCGACUACAAGCUGCGCUGGAACCCGGCCGAUUUCGGCAACAUCACAUCCCUCCGGGUCCCUUCCGAGAUGAUCUGGAUCCCGGACCUUGUCCUCUACAACAAUGCAGAUGGAGAAUUUGCAGUGACCCACAUGACCAAGGCUCACCUCUUUUCCACCGGCAUAGUGCACUGGGUGCCCCCUGCCAUCUACAAGAGCUCCUGCAGCAUUGAUGUCACCUUCUUCCCCUUCGACCAGCAGAACUGUAAGAUGAAGUUUGGCUCCUGGACCUAUGACAAGGCCAAGAUCGACCUGGAGCAAAUGGAGCAGACAGUGGACCUGAAGGACUACUGGGAGAGUGGAGAGUGGGCCAUCAUCAAUGCCACAGGGACAUACAACAGCAAGAAGUAUGACUGCUGCGCUGAGAUCUACCCCGACGUCACCUACUACUUUGUCAUUCGGCGGCUGCCCCUCUUCUACACCAUCAACCUCAUCAUCCCCUGCUUGUUCAUCUCCUGCCUCACCAUACUUGUCUUCUACCUGCCCUCGGACUGCGGUGAGAAGAUCACUCUCUGCAUCUCUGUGCUGCUCUCACUCACUGUCUUCCUCCUGCUCAUCACUGAGAUCAUCCCUUCCACCUCCCUGGUCAUUCCACUGAUUGGCGAAUAUCUGCUCUUUACCAUGAUCUUUGUCACCCUUUCUAUUGUCAUCACUGUAUUUGUGCUCAAUGUCCACCACCGUUCCCCUAGCACCCACAAUAUGCCCCACUGGGUGCGAGUGGCCUUUCUGGGCUGUGUGCCUCAGUGGCUUUUGAUGAACCGGCCCCUGCCACCCUUGGAGCUCCGGGACCACCCAGGCCUGAAGCUCAGCCCCUCCUUUCAUUGGCUGGAGACCAAUUUGGAUACAGAGGAAAGAGAGGAGGAAGAGGAGGAUGAAGAUCAAUGGGUGUGUGCUGGUCAUUCACCCCCCUCAAUGGGUGCCCUCUGCAGCCAUGAUGGCCUGCAUCCAGGGUCCUCAGGUGCCAAGGCUGAGGCCCCAGUGCAGGAGAGUGGGCUCCUGCUGUCACCUAGCAUGCAGAAGGCACUAGAAGGAGUGCACUAUAUUGCUGAUCAUCUGAGAUCUGAGGAUGCUGACUUUUCGGUAAAGGAAGACUGGAAGUAUGUUGCCAUGGUAAUCGAUAGGAUAUUCCUUUGGUUGUUUAUCAUCGUUUGCGUCCUGGGAACCAUCGGACUCUUUCUUCCUCCAUUCUUGGCUGGAAUGAUCUGAUUCCACAUCCCUUGCAUUGCCUC